CAUACCAUAUAGUAAUAAUAAAUAACAUGUGCUUUAUCUCAAUCAUCACACAUUACUCUCUCUCAUAAUCAUGCAACAUUUUUCUUCCUCAUUCCUCACUCAAAUUCUCAAAAACACCCUUCUGUCUCCACCUUUUAAAUUCAAAACAUAAAACACACCAUCAUUCCCUCCCUUCUCACACCAUAACAUGAACACAUCACUAGCAUUACCCUUAACCUUGUUAUUUCUCUUCACAACACAGAGUGCAACUGCACCGCAGAAUGAUACGCAAGCCCUCACCGAAUUCCGUCUCCAAACAGACUCACACGGCUACCUCGUCAGUAAUUGGACCGGAGAAGACGCCUGCAACGCUGCGUGGCGCGGCGUCGAAUGCUCCCCAAACGGCAGAGUUGUUGCUCUCUCUGUUCCUUCCUUCAAUCUCCGAGGUCCCGUUGAUUCUCUCUCAACGCUAAUCUACUUGCGUUUCCUUGAUCUUCACGAUAACCGCUUGAACGGAACCAUUGUUCCUCUUUUAAACUGCACUGACCUUGAACUACUUUACCUCUCUGGCAAUGACUUCUCCGGCGAGAUACCGCCGGCGAUAUCCUCUUUACGUCUUCUUAUCAGACUCGAUAUCUCCGACAACAACAUCCACGGAGAAAUUCCAAAAGAAAUAACGAAGUUGAAUCAUCUCCUCACUCUCCGUUUACAGAACAACGAACUCUCCGGCGAAGUUCCCGAUCUUUCUUCUUCACUCGUCAAUCUCAGAGAACUAAAUAUCACCAACAACGAACUCCAAGGAAACUUACCCGAUGCAAUGCUCAAUAAAUUCGGAAACAAAAGCUUCUCCGGCAACGACGGUCUUUGUGGAUCGGCGCCUUUACCGAAUUGUUCUGUCACCGAAACAUCUCCUCCUUCGGAUGAUGAAAUUGUUCCUUCAAACCCUAGCUCGUUACCACAAACAAGUAGUAACGGAACAAUUGCAUCUGAAACUCAUUCGAGAAAACGGAAAUCGCUGAGUCCGGGAGGAAUUGUGGCGGUUGUGGUGGCGGUUUGUGUGGUGGCAGUAGUGGCGGCUUCAUUCGCGGUGGCUCAUUGUUGCGGAAGAGGAAAAAGGUCUAAUUCAACGGUGGGGAUGGAUAGUGAGAUUGGGAAGAGGAAAAGCGAGAGUAGCAGUGGAAGUGAGAAGAAAGGUUAUGGGGGUGUGGAUAGUAAUAGUGAUGGAAACACUGAAACAGAGAGAAGUAAAUUAGUGUUUUUCGAUAGAAGGAGUGAGUUUGAGUUGGAGGAUUUGCUACGAGCAUCGGCGGAGAUGCUUGGGAAGGGUAGUUUGGGAACUGUCUAUAGGGCUGUUCUUGAUGAUGGAUGUACUGUUGCUGUUAAGAGACUUAAGGAUGCUAAUCCAUGUGAUAGGAAUCAGUUUGAACAGUAUAUGGAUGUUGUUGGAAAGCUUAGACACCCUAAUGUUGUUAGACUCAAAGCUUAUUAUUAUGCUAAGGAAGAAAAACUUCUUGUCUAUGAUUAUCUUUCCAAUGGAAGCUUGCAUUCUCUUCUUCAUGGGAACCGUGGUCCGGGAAGGAUUCCGUUAGAUUGGACAACAAGAAUAAGCUUGGUGUUGGGGGCAGCAAGAGGUCUUGCAAGGAUUCAUGGAGAGUAUAGUGCAGCCAAAAUACCUCAUGGGAAUGUGAAAUCUUCCAAUGUACUACUUGACAAGAAUGGUGUUGCUUGCAUAGGUGACUUUGGUUUGUCACUUUUGUUGAAUCCUUCUCAUGCGGUUGCGAGGUUGGGUGGGUACAGAGCUCCCGAACAGGCAGAGGCAAAGAAGUUAUCACAAGAGGCAGACGUGUAUGGUUUCGGCGUGUUGGUGUUGGAAGUUUUGACAGGAAAAGUUCCUUCCUCUCAAUACUCUUCUCCCGUAGGAGUUCGUCCUUAUGUGGAAUUUGAGGAACAAGAAACCGAUCUUCCUAAAUGGGUUCGGUCGGUUGUGAAGGAAGAGUGGACAUCAGAGGUGUUUGAUCAAGAACUAUUGAGGUACAAGAACAUUGAGGAGGAGCUUGUUUCAAUGUUGAAUGUUGGGUUGGCUUGUGUUGUUUUACAACCUGAGAAGAGGCCAACUAUGUUGGAAGUUGUUAAGAUGAUUGAGGAUAUUAGGGUGGAACAAUCUCCUUUAAGAGAGGAUUAUGAUGAAUCGCGUAAUUCACUUUCACCUUCACUUGCCACUACUGAAGAUUGCAUAGCUUAAUAACCCCAAGUGUUAUUUCAUUUCCUCGACUCGAUGGCAUUAAUCUAGUUGCUGUCAUGAAAUUUACUCCUUCAUACCCUCUUCUAGUUGCAUUUACUUAUUGGUGUUGAUUUAGCUAGCUCUUUAAAUUGCAUGAGUUGUUAAUUAUUGUUUUAUAUUUGUGAAAUGAUGUUGUUGUUGCACUUGUCUUGAGACACAACUGAUUUAAUAUCUCUUUAAUCAUAUUAUCAAUAGUUCUACUA